AUGGCGUCGAAGAAGCGGAAGAUCCGGCGAGAGGACGGGCGGCAGGCGGAGGUUGACCAGCACCAGCUGCAGUCGAAGCAGGAGGAGGAGGAAGAGCCGGUCGACUACGAGGUCUCCGAGGAAAUCCACCACUCGCAGCAUCAGCCACCGCAGCCGCAGCAGCAGAUCCAUGCGCAGCAGCAGCUUGCGGGGGAGGAGGACGACUACGGGGACCCGGACGAUGACCCCGAGGCUGAGGACGGCGGAGGGGAGGAUCAGGAUGGAGAGGUCGAGGCCGAGGAGGAUAUUGAGCAGCUCCUGGAGCCCCUAUCUAGAGAGCAGCUCAUCUCGCUCCUCCGUUCCGCAGCGGCUGUAGAUCCCCGCACCAUGGAGGAGAUCCGUCGGGCCGCUGAUCGGGACCCUGCGCACAGGAAGAUCUUCGUCCACGGCCUUAACUGGACCACCACCGCCGAAACCCUAAGAUCCUUCUUCGGCCAGUAUGGCGAGAUCGAAGAGUGCAAGAUCGUCACCGACCGAGUUACCGGCAAGUCCAAGGGCUAUGGUUUCAUCCUCUUCCGCCAGCGCCGCUCUUCCCGGCUAGCUCUCAGGGAGCCUCAGAAGAAUAUCGAUGGGCGAAUGACCGCCUGCCAGCUGGCAUCCGUCGGGCCCAUCGCCAAUGCUCCGGCUCCUCCGCAUCAGCCACCGCCAUCUGCUCCGCAGCAGCAUCAGCAGCAGGUCCCUUAUCAUACCCCACAGGAUGUCCUACCGAGGAAAAUAUUUGUGGGGAAUGUCCAUGCGGAUGUCAACAAAGAACGUCUCUACCAGUUCUUCUCUCAAUAUGGCGAAAUUGAAGAGGGGCCAUUGGGUUUUGACCGCCAGACGGGUAAGGCUAAAGGGUUUGCUUUGUUCAUAUACAAGUCCGUGGAGGGGGCAAGGAGAGCAUUGCAGGAGCCGAACAAAAAUUUUGAUGGAAAGUUGUUGUAUUGCCAGAAGGCCACUGAUAGUCAGAGAGCUAAGGCGGCAGCUGCUGCUGCUGCGGCUGCUGCUGGGCCCACUGGUGCUCCCAGCUCAGCUGGACCUGAUAUGCAAGGUAGCAUGGGCUAUAAUGUAACGCCCGGGGGCUCUAUGUCUUUCCCUGGUACAAUGGACCUGGGGUUUGCACAGGGUCUUCUCGGUGCUGCUUUGCCAUUUGCUCAAGGAAUACAAGCAAAUCCUGCUGCUCUUGCUAUGUUGGCGGCGGCUGGGCAGAAUCCAGCAGCUUUCGGUGUCCCGCCAUCUAUGAUGGCAUCACUAAAUCCUGCUUUGGCUGCGGCUGCGAUGAACCAAGGUGGUGCUCAAGUUGUGCCACCAUCGCAGGUGCCACAAGUACAGGGUUAUGGCAUGGGUGGAAGUACGGGUUACCAGAACGUUGGAUACCAGGGUCAGCCAACUCAGCAGAGUGGUGCUUCUUAUCAGGGUGCGCCCAUGGCUCAUACGCCAACUAUGAGACCUGCACCAGGGUCUAUGGGAGGAUAUGGACCGCACUAG